UUUAACACUUUUUGUUGUAAAAUUCAGUAUGAGAUCAGUGGCUCUAGACGCUUUUUGUUUUGUUACUGUGAUUAUACUCCUUGGCAAUGCUUGUGGAUAUACUUUUUUAGAGAACUUGCAGAACAUGAUUGAUAACGAAAGACGUAAAGACUUUUCUACAUUGGAUGAAUUUCCUCUCUUCAAACUCGACAAUUUUAUGCGCACAAAUCUAAAUACUGAAUAUGACCAGGCUGACAACAGUAUUUUGAAUGAAAAAAGGCAAAUGAUUGAAGACUACAAAAUGCUAUCAAAACGGGUUGUUUGCACUAAAUAUGGAUGUAACAUUCUUGCUUCAGUAAAGAAAAUGUCGGACAACUAAUCUCAAAAUCGCCAACCUUCAUGUUUUAUCAAAUCGAAUAAAACAAUUAGGUUUCAUUGCAUUCGAGGAACAAAUGUCCACAUAGAAUUAUGUUCUCUUCUCCUUUACUUUUAAACAGGAUGAUAAAAAAAAUCUUGACACUGAAUACAGCAACCUUUACAAAAUAUAUAUCAAAAACGAUAUGAAGCCGUGUCGUCAAGUUGUAAGGCGUAAUAACUUUCGGAAGUUCUUACAACCAGUCUUUGAACAUAAAUUUUAGUGAUGGA